CAACAUGUCAAAUAUAUUUGGAACUUUUUCCCCUAAACCCGUAAUGUGUUUUAUACAAUUAGCUGUAAGAUUUUGUUAAAAUACUAAAAUAUUUAUUUGCCUCCUUUAAAUUGAAAUAUAUUACGAUACCUCUUGCGAUGUGUUAAUUUAUAAUGGAAUGUUUUGUCGUGAAGUGUCAAUAGUACUGUCAACAUUGCGUGGUCGGUCAAUUGGUGCAAUACAAAACUGUACUAUUCCAAAGAACAAUACUUACAAGGCGGCAUGUAAAUGCAUGAUGCAAACCACAGAAGUAAUUGCCGUCAUUACAUCAAGACAUGCGAUCAUCAUUGAAUUGCACGAUUGUGGAAACCCGACCCCCGAUAAAAAGUUCCCAUUAACCUGGCCCAAUAUUAUUGUGAAGUAUUCUUGAACUACGGCCUCGUGUUCCGUCGAAGGCGCACAAUGGCAGGGAGUACCUUACCUGAGCGUGUAGCACAGAUAUACUACACGUAUGGUUUGUUCUGUUCCUCAAAUCCCAUUGCAGUUAUAGGCUUUGCUCUCUCAAUUGUACUACUUUGUUGUUACCCAUUACUAAAUGUACCCUUACCAGGAAACAUACCAAUAGUUGUCAAUUUGCCAUUACUUGACACUAUGGAAUUAAAUAAAGCAAAUUGCAACACUAACAACUGUCUACCAGAAGAUUCGUCCACAACAUUAGAACUACUGUUUAACGAGACUCAAAAACUACCAUAUGUUUGGGCCAAAGACAAACCCCUACUUUAUGUGCAACAAAUCAUACUCAAAAUAGGUGUAUCACCCUGGAAUAGCAACCUGCGUAUGUGGGAUGCAUUUAGAGCUCCUCUGCAAGAAGUAUUUCGGUUGCUAGAAACUAUAAAAAAUCAUGAAGAUCCUGAAACUAAAGGCAGCCUGUCCCAGUACUGCUACCAAAUAGGAGGCAUCAAGCAGCAAAACAGUAAAGCGAGUUUAGAGCGGGUGCUGCCUGAAUACAGCUGCCUCUUACUCUCUCCCGCUAACUUGUGGCAGCAAAACCUGCAGACAUUCUCAAUGGAUGUCAAUGUUGUUAAUACCGUUCUCUCUUACCAAAACCUCCCAAAGAGCAAAGUGUCCAUCGCAGAGAUGGCAUUCGGGAUGCAGCUGCGGGACUGCGGCAUCAAGCGGUACCCGCUGCGCGCGCGCCCGCGCGUGCUGCAGUACGCCGUGUCCGUGUUCUACCAGCGCCUAGAACCCAGGUUUUUAAAUUCUCUGAAGAGAAAGUUGAGAGCAAUGUACCCCCUGUACCGUGAGCAGCCGUACGCGCACUCGGAGGAGCUGACCCUGGUGUACUACCCGGGCCAGUUCAACUACCGCGAGCUCGUGCCGCUCAUGAUCACCUUCGUCGGGAUAUUCCUCUACGUGUACUUCUCCUUGAGGAAGAUCGAGUACAUACGCUCCAAGCUGGGACUGUCCGCGUGCGCGAUGGUCACCAUCGCCGGCAGCCUCUCCAUGUCUAUGGGAAUAUGCUUCUAUUUCGGCAUCUCGUUGAGCCUCCAAGGCAAAGAGAUCUUUCCUUACCUCGUGAUCAUCGUCGGGCUGGAGAACGUUCUCGUGCUGACCAAGAGCGUGACCUCCACGGACUCGAGGCUCGACGUCAAGAUCCGGCUCGCGCAGGGCCUGAGCAAGGAGGGCUGGUCCAUCACCAAAAAUCUACUCACAGAAAUAACCAUUUUGACUGUGAGCUUCUUUACGUUUGUUCCAUUCAUUCAAGAAUUUUCAAUAUUUAUGAUAGUCAGUUUAAUUUCCGAUUAUUUUGUCCAAAUGGUUUUCUUUGCGACCAUUCUUGGGAUCGACGUUCGGCGCAUGGAAUAUUUUCAGGAUCAAAACAACAAACUUCAUCUUAAAGAGUACUUUAACGCCAACAACGCUCUGAAUUGGCGGUUUGAAAAGACCUACUCGGACGAGAGCAGCAUGUCGCCUCUUAGAAUGACCAAGUCGAAGUCGCACCCGAGGUUGAAUGGUUUGGCGCAAACCAGCCCGACGGAUGUGCUGGCGAAGCGCAAGUCUAGUCCGCAGGCGCAGGACCAGAAGGUGCCGAAGCGGAUCCGCCUGGUGAACAUGUGGGCGAGGACGCGGUUCUUCCAGCGCGCCUUCAUGGUGUGGAUGCUGGUAUGGAUAUCGAUGAUAGUUUACAAUUCGGGUGUAGUCGAUUAUUUUAUAACUAACCUCGAAAAACCGGACGUCAGUAGCGAGACGGACAAAAAGAGUGACGAGAAUUAUCCGCCAAAGCAAUCGCUUAAUGUGUUUUACAAUGACAGCAAUAGGAGCCCGAUUGUGUUUUCGCCGCUUUUGGAAAUGUCGGACCCGGAUAAAAGCGUGGGGAACGCGAACGAUACUAUACUUCUGAAGCAUUCGCCGCACUCCCGUCCGUGGUCGAGAGUGUCGGCGUACCACUGGUCGGCGAUCCUCGGGCAGUACAACGAGUCGGUGGCGGGGCGCGUGGUGGCGGUGCUGCCGCCCGUGCUGGUGUCGCAGCGCGUGUCGCCCGAGCGCGCGGCCGCCGUGCGGCUGCCGGACGAGCGCGACCCGCCGCCGCUGCGCUGGCAGGCGCUCGCCGCCGCGCUCGACCCGCUCGACACGCUGCCCGAGUUCGAGCUAACAGACGGCAAGAGUCAGCAGAAGCAGUGGCGUAAACCGACGGAGCUGCCGAUAUACCCGACCACCCCCAUGGAGAUUCUGCUGCUGGCCAUCCUGUGCACCAUCAGCGUCGCCGUCAUCGCCUACAUGAUGGUCGUGCUCUAUAGGUGCGUCUGUUCCCGCAACUAUGCAGAGUGGCGUGCUUCAUGGAACGCAGACGACGAGUAUCGGAAGAUCAUUGCGAAGCAGCCGGCGGUGCAGCUGGUGACGGAGGCGGUGCCGCUGGUGGUGGCGGGGCACAGCCAGGAGGUGGAGUGCCUGGUGACGGACGGCGAGCAGGUGGUCAGCUCCUGUCUGCAGGGUCAUGUCAAGGUGUGGGACUCGCAGAACGGCGAGAUCCUCACCAGCAUCGACCGCGGCGCGUUUUUUAAAUUACAAAAAGAACUUGCUGACAAAGUGGCGAAGAAAGAUCCUCUGAAUCCUACUCCAGCAUUCCAACAAAUCGUUGCAGCAAAACAAAACGAGCCCGUGCUCUCGCUGCGCAAAGGUCUCAGCAACCACCUGAGCGGGCUGCGGUUCCGCGCCCCGCGCGGCGCCGCAGCCUCCCCCCACCUCACCCCCGCCGAGACCACAAGUUACGACUUCGCCAAAACUUACAGGGAACUGUAUUGCAGCGAUCAGCACGACGACAUAUGCAAUUACGAAGCAAAAGAAAACGUGGACAUUAACAAUUUAUGUAUAGACAAAGACAGUUUAAGUGUAAAUAGUGCGAAAGACAGUGAGAAAAAUAGUUUUGUAUAUAAAAGUAAUGAGUCAGUAAGUGGUUUGCGUAACAGACACAAGGGUAAGUUAGUGAACGGUGGCGCGGAUAACGCUUGGUGUGACGCCGAGCCGGUCAGUGCGGACUGGCGCGCGCGAGCGGCGCGCGACUCGCCUAUAUGGUGCAUGGACUUUUGUAACGACCUGAUCAUAUUAGGAUGUGCGGAUGGAAGACUCGAGUUCUGGGAAGCUAGCUCGGGGAAGUUAAUGUGCUUGUGGUGGGGGCUGGAGCGCGGCGGCGGCGUGACGCACGUGCGCGCGCUGGCGGGCGCGCGGCGCGUGGCGGCGGCGGCGCUCGGCGGCCAGCUCGCGCUGCUGCGCCUGCACGCGUACAACGCCUGCUCGGGCGCGCAGGUCGACUGGCGGUUCAGCACGGCACACAGGCGCACUCAUAAGCGGACGGGGUCGGCGGGGUCGCUGCGCGGCGCGGGCGCGGGCGACCACUCGCCGGCGAGGCUUAGUUUCUCGUACGACUCGGACCUUGGUGAUGGAGACGAAAUAGUAGUUCAACGGAUCGCGCAGUGCCGCCCGCACCAGCAGCCCAUCACCGAGAUGCACUCGGAAGGCGGGCGAAUCCUCACCGGCGGCCAGGAUCACGUGCUCAAGGUAUUCAGCAGUGCAGAGCUGAGUCCGCUGUUCACGCUGCACGGCCACUGCGGGCCCAUCACGAGUUGCUUCAUCGACCACGCCACGCCCACCAUCGCCGGCAGCGGCUCCCAGGACGGCCUGCUCUGCGUAUGGGACCUGCACACUGGAGCGUGCCUGUACAGCAUGCAGGCGCACGACGGCGCGGUGACGUCACUAGCCUACACGGCGUCCUACGUGGUGUCGAGCGGCGCCGACGAGCGCCUCUGCAUCUGGGACCGCUUCCAGGGACACAUGCUCAACUCCAUACACAUUGGCCUGAACUACAUGAGCCGCAUGCUGCCGCUCACACACACGCUGCUCCUGAUGGGCGACCGCAGCGGACUCGCGGCCUACGACCUCAGCACCGGUGACGUCAUACGGCGAGUGCUCUUAGGGCAAAAUGAUGGGUGUAUAUUCGUGAGGCAGAUUCUACCUCUAAAGGACGCCAUCGUGUGCGACUACGCGACGCAGCUGCGCAUCGUGCGCUUCCCGCUCGUGUCGCGCCUCGACGACCUGAAGAGCGACUGAACCACCACACGCCUGGCCGACCACAGAAACACGCCCGAACUAUUCGUUUGACUCUACGUCAAGCGAUUGCGGUUUUUUUGUGGCCAAGG